CUCAUAAAAUGGCAUUCAAGUUUGUGGCCCUCCUCGCUCUGAUCGCCGCCGCCAGCGCCGGUGUCCUGCCCGCCGCCCAGGUGUACCACCAUGCUGCUCCCGUGGUGGCCACCUAUGCGGCACCAGCUCCCGCCAUCCUGAAGACCGUGGCCCAUCCGGUGGUGGCCAAGGCCGAUGAGGAGUACGACCCGCAUCCGCAGUACAAGUACGCCUACGAUGUGCAGGACGCCCUCUCCGGCGACUCCAAGAGCCAGGUGGAGGAGCGCGACGGCGACGUGGUGCGCGGCGAGUACUCCCUGAUCGAUGCCGAUGGCUUCAAGCGCACGGUGCAGUACACCGCCGAUCCCAUCAACGGAUUCAAUGCCGUGGUCAACCGCGAGCCGCUGGAGAAGACCGUGGUCAAGAGCGUGGCUCCAGUGGCUGCCGUGGCUCCCGUCUACGCCGCCUAUCACCACUAA